AUGGGCCUCAAAGUGGCUACUGGGUUUCUCGGUUUCGUCCUCAUUCAGAUUGUGGCUGCUUCAUACGACGAGUAUGGUGAUGAGCAAGUCGACUUUGAAUUAUCGCCCCCUUUCCUGGGCCCCUGUAAAAGGGUUAUCACUGCCAUGGAUUGUGGAAAUUGGACUUGUCGAGCUGAAGCGGAGCCCGGUGACUGUGUAGAUCUGUUUAGAGAAUUUCAGACACUAGUCCGUAGAACGUACCCAAAAGAAGAUCCUAAUUGCGAUCAAAGAGAGACCAUUUGUGUGAGGAUUGUGGAUUACACUGGUGUCUCAAUAAGAGGGACACUUAAAAACCUUCCAGUAAUCGUUAAAGCCAGACGAUGGUCUCCACUGGGAGUGUUUAAGUGGAUCUUCGGUAGCAGUGAAGCAAAAACAACCGAAUCCGCUGCAGAAACCACAGAAGAAACUGUUUACCCUGACAAGUACACAACACAAUCCCAUGAAACAUCUCCCGAUACCCAUGAACAUUUCACGACAUCAGGAGAAGUUUCUGUCUCCGAGACAACUGUCGACGCUGGUUCUGCAGACGAAUCCACGGUCGGACCAGAUGAACAACCAGUG